UAUGAUUUGUCUACAUUUGCCUACCGAUACCCCGUGCCCCGUGAUGUGCCGAUUACGACCAUAGCUUCGUACCUGUCAAAGUUACACCCGCUUCCACCUCCGUUCCUAGAACGGUCCGCAUGCGGCCCGGGGACCGCCUUCAUCCCUUGAAAUAGCUUGAACACGCUGCAAACCCGCUGAUUUUUGUUAAUUGGGGUUCCAUACCUGCGACAUGCUCUUUUCUCCCACCUCCCUCUUCCUGGCGGGGCUGGCCGCAGUUCAGACGGGUUCAGUUCUCGCGCAGGGGCACACGGACCUUCACGAAGAAGGCCGGUGCGCAAUUCGAGGGAAUUGUGGGAAGAAGUCAUUUUUCGGAGGAGAAUUGCCAUGUCCCGACAAUGGUCUUGCCAGGGAACCCGAGGAGAAAGUACGAGAUAAGCUAGUGUCGCUCUGUGGUGAUAAAUGGAAGCAUGGACCGGUCUGCUGCGAAGAUGAGCAGAUUGAUGCCUUGUCAAAGAACCUUAAUCUCGCUCAAGGAAUUAUCGCAUCAUGUCCUGCUUGCAAAGAGAAUUUCUUCAACAUCUUUUGCACUUUUACGUGUUCACCCGACCAAUCAUUGUUUAUAAAUGUUACUCAGACAGAAGAGGUUCGGGGAAAGCUGCUGGUCACCGAACUGGAUAACUUGUGGUCAGAGAAAUACCAGAGCGGCUUCUACGAUAGCUGCAAGGAUGUUAAGAAUGGCGCCUCUGGAGGGAAGGCAAUGGACUUCAUUGGCGGUGGUGCCAAGAAUUACGUCCAUUUUUUGAAAUUCCUGGGUGACAAAAAGUUGCUGGGCAGUCCAUUCCAGAUCAACUUCAUCACCGAGCCGAGAAAUCCCAUGCAUGACGGGAUGCGAGCGUUGCCAGAAAUUCCAAAAGCAUGCAACGACUCCGAUGGCGCGUUUAGAUGUUCCUGUGUUGACUGUCCAGCCGUUUGCCCCCAGCUGCCGGCCCUAGCGACAGAAACCUACUGCCAUGUUGGCUACCUUCCAUGCUUUUCUUUUGCCGUUAUCGUCAUCUACUCUGUGGGUCUUGUGCUUUUAGUAUCGGGCAUUCUAGCUCGGAUCGCAUUCCGAAAACACCGUGAGCGGAAGAUUGAAAGAGUGAGAUUGCUUCAAGACGCAAGUCCUAGUGAUGAGGAAGACGAAGGCGAUAUAAUCGAAAAUGCAGGCUCACUCACUCGUCCAACGAGAAAUUAUCGGGUGAACGCCACUCUAGAUAAAGUAUUUAGCCGUCUAGGGCGUUUUUGCGCAAGGUUCCCCGCCUUAACCAUUGUCACAAGCUUUCUCAUCGUUGGACUCAUGAGCUUAGGCUGGCUGCGUUUCUCAGUGGAGAAAGAUCCUGUCAGGCUUUGGGUCAGUCCAACAUCGGAAGCUGCUAGAGAAAAGCAAUAUUUCGAUUCGAACUUUGGACCGUUUUAUCGAGCGGAGCAGGCCUUCCUUGUGAAUGACGGCCCUGGUUCAGUGUUGAGCUAUGAGACUCUAAGCUGGUGGUUUGACGUGGAGAAUCGAGUCAGGCGCAUGAUAUCCUUGAAUAAUGGCCUCUCGCUAGAAGAUGUCUGUUUCAAUCCAACUGGCAAUGCUUGCGUUGUUCAGUCCGUUACGGGCUAUUUCGGAGGGUCAUUUGCCAAUGUUGACCCCAAUAAUUGGCAGAAGCAACUGAAACAUUGCACAGAAUCCCCAGGAUCGCGUGACUGUCUUCCUGAUUUCCAACAGCCCUUAAGCCCCAAUAUGAUUCUCGGAGGUUAUGAUGAUACCGGGGAUGUAUUGGAUGCAAAAGCUUUGAUAGUUACUUGGGUUGUCAACAACCAUGAGCAAGGAACAAAAGAGGAAGCGAACGCGAUUGAUUGGGAAGACAGUAUCAAACGUGUGUUGCAAGUGGUUCAGGAAGAAGCAACAGAGAGAGGCCUACGAGUGUCUUUCAACACCGAAAUUAGUCUUGAGCAGGAGUUGAACAAGUCUACAAAUACUGAUGCCAGGAUCGUGGUUAUCAGUUACGUUAUCAUGUUCGUCUAUGCAUCUUUGGCCUUGAGCUCGACAACUAUAACCUGGAAAUCCUUAUUCAGAAAUCCGGCCAAUGUUCUGGUACAAUCCAAAUUCACACUCGGGAUUAUCGGGAUCCUUAUUGUCCUGAUGUCCGUUUCUGCGUCUGUUGGCUUGUUUGCGGCUCUUGGGGUUAAGGUGACGCUUAUUAUCGCCGAAGUGAUACCAUUCCUCGUCCUUGCAGUUGGUGUCGAUAACAUUUUCCUCAUCGUCCACGAAUUCGAGAGAGUGAAUUUAAGCCAUCCCGAGGAAGAACUUGAUGAACGGAUCGCAAAGGCUCUUGGAAGGAUGGGGCCUAGUAUUCUCUUAUCGGCCGCUACAGAAACCAUUGCCUUUGCAAUGGGUGUCUUUGUGGGGAUGCCCGCUGUGAAAAAUUUUGCUAUAUAUGCCGCUGGUGCCGUUUUCAUCAAUGCACUAUUACAAGUCACGAUGUUUAUAUCGCUUCUCUGCCUUAACCAAAGACGUGUUGAGAGCCUUCGGGUGGAUUGUUUCCCGUGCCUAACUGUACGAAAGGCAACAGUCACCGCCAUUCCGGGGAGCCAGCCGUUUGAUCAUGGAGAAGAAGGGAUCAUUGAUUGGUUUAUUCGAAGGAUCUACGCCCCGAAGCUGUUGAGUAAACCGGCCAGAGGCUUAGUUUUAUUGGUAUUUUCGGGUCUGUUCGCAGCUGGGCUCGCGCUGCUGCCCACCAUGAAACUCGGCUUGGACCAACGUAUCGCUAUUCCUAGCGACUCGUAUUUGAUCUCAUACUUUAAUGACCUGUAUGAUUACUUCGACACCGGACCACCAGUCUAUUUCGUGACAAGGGGCGUUAACGUGACGGAGAGACAUCACCAACAACAACUGUGCGGUAGAUUUUCGACUUGCGAUGAUUUUUCGUUGGGAUUUGUUCUCGAGCAAGAAUCCAAAAGAUCGAAUGUUUCAUACAUCUCUGGUGCUGCUGCAAGCUGGAUUGACGACUUCUUUUACUGGUUAAACCCGCAAAAGGAUUGCUGCGUUGAAGAUGGGAAGAUCUGUUUCGAGGAUAGGCAACCGCCGUGGAAUAUAUCUUUAUCCGGCAUGCCAGAAGGUGCAGAAUUUGUGCACUAUGCAAAAAAAUGGAUCCACUCUCCGACCACUGCAUCGUGCCCUCUCGGCGGCAGGGCGCCGUACAGCAACGCGUUAGUCAUAGAUUCCAAGCACAUCACCACUAAUGCCAGCCAUUUCCGGAGCUCCCAUACUCCGUUGCGCAGCCAGGCGGACUUCAUUAAUGCCUAUGCUUCAGCUCGUCGGAUCGCCAACGAUAUAUCCUCGAGACAUGACAUCGACGUCUUCCCCUACUCUAAAUUUUAUAUUUUCUUUGACCAGUACAUGUCGGUGGUGCGUCUCACAGCCACGUUGCUCGGGUCUGCAAUAACCAUAAUCUUCCUUGUGACAUCACUUCUCUUAGGCUCUUUAGCCACCGGAGCAGUUGUGACGGUCACCGUCAUCAUGAUGAUCGUGGACAUCAUGGGCACAAUGGCCGUGGCCGGAGUUUCUCUAAACGCAGUCUCACUUGUGAAUCUGAUCAUUUGUGUCGGGAUCGGCAUCGAGUUCUGUGCACAUGUUGCUCGAGCCUUUAUGUUCCCCUCAGCAUCGUUACUUGAAAAGGCUCAAAGUAAGUUCCGUCAACGGACGGCCCGUGCUUGGGCCGCGUUGGUGAAUGUUGGCGGAAGUGUUUUUAGCGGCAUCACGUUGACCAAACUUGUCGGAGUUUGCGUACUUGCCUUUACACGGAGUAAAAUCUUUGAAAUUUAUUAUUUCCGUGUGUGGCUAGCCCUGAUUAUCUUUGCUGCAACUCACGGCCUUAUUUUCCUCCCAGUGGCGCUUAGCUUCUUCGGAGGCGAAGGAUAUAUUAACCCGGAGUCGGACGGCGGCCUUGAAGAGGACCUGGCUGCGCGCAGAUACCGCUCCCUAUUGCCCGACAAUGACUACGAUUCUGAUGAUUAUUGA